AUGCCUCCCCUAAUGGGAAACCCCAAUCAUGCAAUCGCCCCCAAUUUUCAAUUAUUAGAGCAUGCGGAAGCUCGAGCCCAACUCGUAAAUGAUGCAAUCGACGAUCAGCAAGCAGCAGCAAUCCUAGCUAACCUAUGGCGCAUCCAAAACGAAGCUGACAAGCGUCAAUGGGCAGCCAGGAUUGAAGCCGAAGCUCGAGAAGCAGAAGCCCAGCGCAGAGAAGAAGCCGAAGAAGAAGCCCAAUGCCAACAAACGCUAAGGGAAGAACAAGAGGCUGCAAUUCAAGAGGAAUGCAAGAAGAAUAAAGCCAAGUAUGCCCCAAUCAAAGACACUAAUGUUCCUUCCGACCCCAUCAUCCUCCCAUGUCAAUAUGCUGCCUGGAAAAUGAAAUCAGGCAACUACUGCAAACUAUUCUACUUCACAAACAGUGGUCUAGAAGAGGCCUCCCGCUCCGCCUUCACAGCUGAUGAAGAUGCUUUAGUGGUGCUACCCACUUCAGACAGUCUAAAUAAAUGGAUCCCAGCCGCCGCUGCCAGGGAUCCCAAAGCUCAAAUCAUCAAAGACGAGAACCUGACCUGGGAACAGUUUAAUGAGGCAGCCCCGCGCAUGGUAUCUUUGAUG